ACAGGAAUGGGGAAUGGUUAUUGAUCAUAUGUAAAAGAGCAAUUCUUCACAAGUAACAGCUGCCAUGAACAAGUGUCAGUGGAAAUAAAAAUAAACUUGAAACAGAUAUUUUACUUAUUAGGUAAAUAUUCUGUCAAGAUAAAAGCAUGGCUUCAGCUGUUGUACCUGGUUCAGGCCCUUCACCGUCAAGCAGGAGCAUAUCUGAUGAAGAAAAACGAUGGAUGGUGACUGGUAUAUGUCUACAUAAGAUUUUGACACCUGCUUUAAGAAAUGUCCUGCGUAAUGAAAUGCCUAAAUGGUACCAAAGUUUGAUUAAACCUCCGACUGAAAUAAGCAAACAGACUCCACGAAUGUUUGUUAAAAAGCUGCCGCCAUCUACGAUUCAGUUAAACUAUGACAGUAUCAACAACAACAUUAUCCAUAAGUCUACAAAGUCUUACGAUUACGCUGUGAAAGAUCCUUUGUCCUUAUCAAAAUUGUUCAUGAAACCAUUCAUGGCAUGUUUUGCCGGUUUUGAUCACACUAUGGAUACGUCAGCUGUUCUAUCGGUGAUGUGCGAGGCACAGCCAUUCAUAACCACCGGUGCUGCAGCUCUUGCGAAGAAAGUCAAAUCCGACAUCAGAAAUGAAUGGGCACAUUGCAACUUUUCACACUGGUCACAGCUAAAUUUCCAAACUGCAAUACAAGACAUGGAAUUACUAGUUAAAAAAGCUGGAUUGACACCAGUUGAAGAACAACUUGUCCUUGACGAUUUGAAUGUUUGGAUGAAAAAUGGAAAGGAGCUAUGCUUAGGGAAACCAGUCGAUGAGGACCUACUAAAAAUUGCCCAAAAAGAAGUUGCCCAACUUGAAGAUUUAUAUAAAAAGCUAAAUGAAGCUGUAGCUGAAAACAGGGAGUCUGUGCUGGAACACCUUGCUACCGCCAAUUCAAGCUUGAAAGAAGAAAUCACCAGUUUAAAAGAAAGCCAAGCCAAAACUGAGUUACACGUACAGGAGUUACGUGCCAGUCAAAAUGACCUUCUCAGCCGGUAUGUUUCCAACAGUAAACAGAUUGAAACACUGCGUAGUGAAUUCUUCUUCCGUUGUGAAAGAGAGGAUGUUUAUGUUUUUCACGCCCCGGAUACAUUUUCUUGGUUUACCGGUCGAAAAAUGGAAAUAAAAAAGAUUGAAGACAUUCUCAUGGAUGGGCAAUCGAAGCAGUCGUCAGCGAGAAAAGCGGCAAUUUGUGGGUUAGGAGGUAGUGGUAAAACGUGUCUAGCUGUGCAGUACGCCCAUCGUAUGAAAAAUCAUUACCAAGGUGGCGUCUUCUGGUUUUCUGGGAGAGACGAAAAGCAAUUGGAAAAUUCUGUUAAUGACUUGGCACUGACCAUCGGAACUUUUGUGUCUAACUCGUUUGAUGUAACGCUAUCCCAAACUCUGGCUCGUAUAUCUCGCAUCCAGAAAGCAUGGUUGCUAAUCAUUGACGACAUGGACGAGUUACGGCUGUCCCCGAACGUGCGCAAGCUAUUGUCUGGUUCUUGGCAAAAGAACACCAUUGGCCAUAUCAUUGUCACGACGAGAAGAAAACCAAGUACUUUGGUUCAAGAUGUACCAUUACAGGAGAUAACAGAAACUUCCUGCCUGCAGCUGCAAUGUUUCGAUGGUGAUGACUCAAAAGAGUUUCUGUUUAUUAGAACUGGUAUUCCACGCAAUGAAGAAAGUGAGACUGCUGCAUACAGGCUUUUUGAAGAACUUGGUGGCUUACCACUCGCCCUUGAACAAGCAGCUGCAUACAUCAAGUCCUUGGGUUGUGCUUUCUCAUCCUACGUCGAAAUCUACGAAGCGAAGCGCCUUGCUUUAUUAAAUGAACAGUCUACAAAUCCUGUGUCGGAAUAUGUCUCUGAGGAACGACUUGCUGUCCGAACGACAUGGCUUCUUAAUAUUGAGUAUAUAAACCAGAGUAGUGAAGGAAAAAACGCAAUACGAUUUUUAAACGCUUGCAUAUUCUUCGAUUCCAAUGAAAUUCAGCAUGAUUUGAUCAACGUUGGUGAGCCACCUGUGGUAGACGAGCAAUUUCGUGUUUCUGUGGGGACAUCUUUGGGAAGGCACCAAAUUAUUAAAUUGCUAACGGAUUUCUCACUUUUUAAGCAAUUCAAAAGUGGGUGCCUUCAAGUCCAUCGUUUGGUACUGGAUGUUAUCAAAGAAGGCCUUACUUCUGCAGAACAAGAUGAAAGUUUUAUUGAUGCCGUUCGAUUGUUGCACUAUGCCUUUUCCAAAUCUUUAUCUCCGGACCAGCUUCUGUUGAGUGUAACCAAGAGAGAAACGGGUGCACUCGACCGCACCAAUCCAUCACUGUUCUACAUGUGGAGGACACUUUGUAUGCAUGCUGGAGAAAUUGAAAAGAAUCUGAAAAGAUUUCUUGUUGACAGAUGCAACGGAGUAGGAGAGACAGUGUUUUCCGAAGAGGCGGCUCGAAUCGUUUACCAAUCCGCCCUUUAUUUGAGUGCAUUCUGCAGGCAUGAAGACGCUAUGCAGGCUAUGAAAUUUGCGCAAAAAAUUCUGGGUUGGGUUUCACAAGAUAACAGCGAGAUGUUGUCAGCCAAAAUUAAUGGUGUAUUCCCUCAUGUAUUGCCACUACCUGAAUUCAUUCGAAGGCACGUUCAGUAUUGUUCCAAAGCUCCGAAUCUCUCUCCAUGUAAUGCUAAGCAUGAUGCGAAUUCGUCUACUGAAGUAGAUACUGAAGUUCAAAAGUUGCGUAAGGAAGGAAAUAGAUUGUUUCUGGAAGGUCGUUUUGAAGAGGCUGUCGAGGUGUACUCUGGUGUCAUUAAUGGUAAUGAUAAGCCAGAGUUGUUUGAUCCAAGUUUUUUCUCUAACCGAGCUUCUGCUUACCUUAGGCUUAAACUUUGGAAAGAAGCUCUGCAAGAUGCAAAAGCUUAUAUAUCCCAUCGCCCAAAAUGCUGGAAGGGUUAUGCCAGAAAAGCUUUAGCUUUGCAUGGUUUAGAUGAUUUGGCAGGUGCAGAAUUAGCUGCCGCUCAAGCAUAUAACCUGUGUCGGGACGUUUUCAGUAAAGAAGGUCCUUUCAAAAAAUUUUCCUAUUUGCAAAAUUGUGCUAAAUUUUGUAAUUCUGAUUCUGAGCUCUUAGAUUCUCUGCAGACGUCAGUUGUUGGCAAGAGUUUGAUAUUUCUUUCCCCAGGAACAUAUAAUAUCACAAAAGAUGUUUUUUUAAUGAACUUUAUUAUAGUUGGUUGUGCUAACCAAAGUGGCCUAAAUGAAGACCAAGACUCGAGAAUACGAAUCAAUUUUAAGGAUAGUUCAAAAUUGUUUGUCUUCGAGCAAUGCGGUUUGGCUGAUCUCAGCUUUCUAUUCAACCAGGGCAACACCCUUACACAACCUACUUCCAUCACAGUGCUUUAUAAUUGUAGCUUCUCAUCGCGCAAUGUGAAAAUGCCGUCAUUACAAAUAUCAGGAGUAGCGAAGGUAGAAAAAUGCGAAUUCAACAACUCUGCUGCAGGAGGGUUACUUUGUGUUGGAGUAUCAGACAUUGAAAACUGCACGUUUUCGUAUAAUGGAAAGGCUGGGCUGGAGGUACGAGAAGGUGGAACCAUGACAGCUAGGAAUGCAUAUUCAUACAACAAUAGGCAAGGAGUACUGGUAGGGCCUAGGGCCAAACAGUGCGUUGUUGUAGGCAGCCAGCUUAAUUGUAAUGUAGGGGAAGGCAUUUUUAUCACUUGUUGUAAUGAUGCUGAAAUUCGACUUAGCAAUAAUUCCAUCUUCCAUAACGACCACUUUGGAAUAUCUGUUUGGGAUUCUUCGGCGAAAAUUGAAGAAAAUCGCAUCUUCGAGAACAAUUGGUGGGGUUUGUGGCUUCAGAGUAAUUCGCAAUGUCACAUUUCAAAAAACGAGGUUUCCCAUAACAAACUUGGCGGUAUUCGUGUUGGAAAGCGUCCCAGUGGUUACUCGCCGUCAGUUGUUCAGUUCAAUACUAUUAGUAAUAAUGGUGGACCUGGUCUGAUUGAAAACGUGAAUGACUUUGAAGUGAAUUCCUUCAGUUUUGGGAAACAAAUUUUCCCAGUAGACAGUGUUAACCCAUUGCAAUGUAACAAUCCAGCCAUACCUUUAGAGCUUCAAGAUACAUUGGUAUCUGCUCAAUGUCUUGGAAAUAAUCUGCAAGAUAAUGAGCAGGAAAGGAUUUUUGCAAACAAUUUAACAAAGGUCAGAAGAUUUUGCUCCUAUUGCCGUAAAGAAAAUGAAAGUCUACAAAAAUGCACGAAAUGCUACACUGCUGAAUAUUGUGGAAGAGCGUGUCAAAAAGAGCACUGGAAACGACAUAAAAUAGUGUGCAAUAGCUUACUGAAACAAUCUAGCGUUUUACUCACUUCAGCUAAGCCUUAUUUAGAAAACACCAGCACAAACUUUCAUCAUCAUGGUCUUCAAGAGGUCGGUCCGAGAUACAGUAAACCACCGCCUGAGGACGGCAAAAGGUUCGUUGUUAAAGUGCAGGAGGGUUAUAAUCCGUUUGAUUUUACGUCCGUAUCGCUUGUUAUGUACGAUCGUAGCCUGGUAGUUAACAAGCAGUUUUAUUCAGCUCAUAUUGAUAAUAUAGUGCGAGAUUUGGGUGCUAUUUGCGCGAAGAAAUACGUUGAAAAGAAGUUGUUUAUGUGGGCUUCUUUCACCAAGGAGAAAAUUAUUCGUCUAUUUACCAAUGACUUUCCUCCUUACGCUCAAUGGUAACAAUGUUAUCUUUUCUUGGAACAUUUGUCAUUUACAAACGACAUUGAAAGCCCUAAAAAUCUAAACGAACUCCGGGAACCUUUUUGAGAGCAUAACGAGCUUAUUAACGAGGGCAUAAGUUAUUCAUUUUAGCGUAGUAUUGACAUUGUAUGAAGCAGCAAUUCGAUUUAUGAGUAAAAAGUUUUUUGGAAGAAUUUGUGGAUUCAACAGACGUUAUUAAGGGAUUUGAUAUUAAAAAUAGAUUAAUAGAACUAUGAUAUGGUAGAAAUUGUUGUUAAAAAAAAGUUAGGUUGGGUUUUAUAGAGUCGCUUAACUGCAUGUUGCAUAAUUAAAGAAUUCUUUAUAUUCUUGCUUGCGUUCGUAGCUACGUUUUAUUUUUGUAUCCUUUGUUCGUUGUUUAAAUAUAUAUCUUCUGUAAAAUUGAAAGGUUUUCAGUUUUCUUAGUCUGGGUCUGGCUUUGCUUUUAC